GAGCAAUUGAAUUCAUAUGGAGAAAAUGAAUGAACGGCUUUAUUCAGAUCAGUUCACAACGAGAAAAAAAUAACAAUAGAAAUAUUGCACACACACAAACACGCACACACACUAACUCAUCCUAUGGGGAGAAGACUGGCAAAGUGUCCUGUGUGCCUCAUGGUGUUCAAGUGUCCUCGGCACAGUCCUCUGCCGAAAGCCAUCCUGUGCAAUUGCACUCCAAAGAGCAUGAGCCAUGAGGACAGAUUCUGCCGGUGGUGAGGACUUGGAGAGCUGGCUGAGGAGGUUGGCUUGUGGCUCAUCAGGUCACAAUCUUCCACCGUGUGUGAUUUGUAAGCUGAGAAACUACAAUCCGGAAUAAGAGAAGUUGUAAUUCCAGUUUAACUACAAGUGAAUUCUGUUUUUUUUCCUGUGGGCUUCUUUGACUUUGCCAGCUUCAAACCUACAGUGAUGGACAAAAAAAUUAACUGGCUACUCCUUAUCCUGGUGCAUGUUGCAACUGAAAGCAGCGAGGGAUGCUACUGUGACCAUUAUCCAUGGGUAUCCUGGUCUAGCUGUUCAAAAACCUGUAAUUAUGGGACUCAAAGCAGGCAUAGGGAAAUAAGGAUGGAUGAGUACUACCACAAAAACUUCUGUGCUGGACUUUGCACCACUCAGGAAUCCAGGGCCUGCAACCAGCAGAUGUGCCCCAUUAAUUGCCAAAUUGGAGACUUCGGCCCCUGGUCAGAGUGUGACCCAUGUGUUAAAAAACAAUUUCGUACCAGAUCCCUGAUCCGGCCCACUCAGUUUCGGGGGCAACCCUGUGGUGAGCAGCUGGUAGAGUCCCGGAGGUGCUACCCAACCAAACUUUGCAACAUAGAGGAAGUAAACUGUGCAAAUAAAUUCCAGUGUGAGAACGGUCGCUGCAUCAGCCGCAAUUUAGAGUGCAAUGGAGAGAAUGACUGCGAGGACAAUUCGGAUGAAAGGAACUGUCGGCGUGUGCAGCCAGUGUGCAACAGAAGGCACGAGAGCAUUCCUGGGGUGCAUUUAAUGGGCCAUGGAUUUCACCUUCUGGCAGGAGAGAACCGAGGAGAAGUCCUUGGUAAUGCUUUCUAUGGAGGCAAAUGCACAAUGAUAAAAAACAAUGACACAAGGAAAACAUUCCGUGUUCCUGUAAACUUGGAGGCUGUCCACUUUCAGGUAGAGAAUGAGGAGGACGAUGUGGCAUCUGAUUUCUACAAUGAUUUACUUCCCUUGGAGUCCAGUGUGUCUACAUCAGGUUCAUCCUCCCACUCUGGAGGAAGUUCUUUUAGGAUCCCAUUGCUGUUCUCCAGAAAGAAAAAAGUGAGCGUCACAUCCUCAUCCUCCUUCAAGGAAGCUGUGAAAGCUUCAUAUAGCAAGCACUCCAACUUUAUUAGGAUCCAUAAGGUGAUUUCCGUAUUAAAUUUCACCAUGAAAGAGUCAGACAUGCAGCUCUCUGGGGUGUUCUUACAGGCCCUUAAUAGCCUCCCUUUGGAGUACAACUAUCCCCUCUACAGCCGGAUCUUUGAUGACUUCGGGACGCAUUACUACACAGCUGGUUCAAUGGGGGGCAUCUACGACCUUCUCUAUCAAUAUAGUACAGAAGAAAUGAAAAAUUCAGGUUUAACAGAGACAGAAUCAAAAGAGUGCGUGCGGACAGAAACAACUAGGCGUAUCCUUUGGAGAAAGAAAAAAAAAGUGCAUACAAGAUGUGUCCACAACAGAAUGAGUGAACGCCAUGAAGGUUCCUUUCUGCAGGCCUCUGAAAAGUCAAUCUCGUUAGUAAAAGGUGGGCGAGCUCAAUAUGCCGCAGCACUUGCCUGGGAACGAAAGGGAGCUUUCCCUGAACAUGAUGUGUAUAACAAUUGGCUGGAAUCAGCCAAGGACAAUCCAAUUGUUGUUGACUAUGAGUUGGCUCCCAUUUUGGAUUUGGUGAAGAACAUCCCUUGCGCAGUAACAAAGCGCCGUAACCUCAGGAAAGCUCUGAUCGACUACGUGGAACAUUUUGACCCAUGCCGGUGUGCCCCAUGUCCCAACAACGGCCGGCCUGUGCUCUCUGGAAUGGAGUGCCUCUGCGUGUGCCAGGCUGGCACUUACGGCGAUAACUGUGAGAGACGAGCGCCUGACUACAAAUCCGAUGCUGUGGAUGGUUACUGGAGCUGCUGGUCUGCGUGGAGCAAUUGUGAUGGCUCCCAUAAGAGGCAGAGGAGGCGUGUCUGUAACAAUCCCUCCCCUCUCAAUGGGGGAAAGCCAUGUGAAGGUGAACAGGAGCAAGAGGAAGAGUGCUACUUCUCCAUAUUUGCUGAUAAGGGGGCUUUGUGUAUAAACGAUGAUGACAUCAUCAAAGAAAGGGACAUUUUUGUUGGCCAGCCUGAGUCUGGAUGUUUUAAGCCAGUCCCGCCAGAAAACGCAUUCAUCAGGAAUGAAAAGAACCAUUACGCCGUUGGGGAAAAUGCUGAAGUUGUAUGUUUGAGUGGAUAUGAACUUGUCGGGUAUCCGUUUAUUCGCUGUCUACCAGAUCAAACAUGGGCUCAACAGCCUGUUGAAUGCCAGCCUUCUGCUUGCCCCAGACCAUCUGCCUCUCAUGAUGUUGCUAUUACACCAUUUAAAAAUGAAUACCAGAUCGGAGAAACCAUCCAGCUAAGUUGCCUCCCAAGCUUUGUCCUAAAUGGCCCCACACAAACCACUUGUGGGAAAGGUCCAUCUUGGAAGCCUCCUGUUUUGAGACUGCUUGCUUGCCAGAAAGCUGCUCAUGCCCAAGCGCAAGGGACUUGCAACCCAGGCCAAAAACAGGCCGGAUCCCAGUGUGUGUGCAUGUCCCCGGCAGAGGAUUGUGGCCACUACUCUGAAGACGUCUGUGUACUGGAUACAGCUUCUCAACAACCCCUUACAAAGCCCAGCUGCCAAUUCCUGGCAGAAAAAUGCCUGGGGGAGAACUCCCUCCAUUUCCUGCAUGCUGGGCCCUGCAGCAGGGACACUGACUUGGCCUGGGCCCUGGAAAGGGUCCAAAUCACCACAGGAAGCAUAAAGCGCGAACCCUGUGGCUACGACACAUGUUACGACUGGGAGAAAUGCUCCGAGUCCCGUGCCCAGUGCUUCUGCCUGCUGCCCAACCAGUGCCCACAAGGUGGUGAGGAACAUCUUUUCUGCAUCCAAGUUCGGUCAAAAAAGAAGACAGUCAAUCUCUGUAUGUUGGGGGCAAUGAAAUGCUCCAAUAUGAACAUUGCAGUGGUACAUGAAGGAAGAUGUUCAGAGGAAGAGUCAAAAAGGUCCCUGGGGAACCCUUUACAGAUUUAGUUGAUAAUUUCUUCUGGACCUCUGCAGAUGGUUCCGAUUUCAGGGAUCAAGCAUCCCUUUCUAACACUUUAUCCCUGCAAGCUAAAUGUACGUGGAAUUUAGGACUGUGCCAAUCCACCUUCUCUUCAUCUGAAUGCCUCUGGAGCAUGUUCUGAGCAUCUACUGUUUGAAGGAAACCAACUUCUAACCCAAAGAGCCUGAGGAACUCCCUCUGUGCUUGUGCAAAAAGCCUUUUCUUGCAUGGGAAACUUCAUUAGAAAAACCAAAGGCAGUGCCUCUGAGCAGAAGCAAAGUAUGAAAAUAUAGAAAGUACAGCUACAACAGAAAAUGCCCGACAAUCAAAGUUGAAGCCAGGUGGCAGCACCAAGUAUUUUGCUGCCUGAAAUGGAUCCCACCCCUGGCAGAGCUAGUGGUCUAGAAUAUUUUGCAGCACCAUUCAGACACUUAUUCUGGUCUUCAUCUCUCCCCCAACACCUCAUGGUGCUCCCCAAAGCAAGUCAUGCUGGGCUGCCACAUGAUAGGGCAGGGCUCAUCCCAUCACCAUUGUAGCCCAGACAGCUAAUGUUGGCCUCCAGCCUGCCUUUUCGCAUGCCACAGAGCUGCUGUCCUAACUAAAUUCCCAAAAAGAGGACAAAAGAGGAUGGUGAUUUGCAUGACAUGCAUCUGCUAAUGGACACGCACAGAUUCACAUUUAGAAAAAUAUUAUAAUUUACAUAGAAACAAAAAACAUCUCACUGCACUGUGGAAGACCACUUGCAUAUCUGCCUGUUCAACCUGCUAUCCAGGUGCAGCUGCUCUUGGGCAACAGUUCUUAUGGCUCAUGAACUUAAACUGGAAUUGCACAGAGCAGCCCUUCAGCUUGAAAAUGCCUUUGAAUAGGAGAUGGUCUUCGGAUUGAGGACUGUAAAAGAAGAGCUGAAUGGAGCUGUCAUGGACAGGACAUUUUGGAAGGCUUUCAUUCAUUAGAUUGCCAUAGGCUAAGGAAGAUUUGAUGGCAUGUAACACCCACAAAAAGAGGACUCCUGCCCACCUUAACUCAUAGCUAGGGCUACAGUCCAUAAGGAAGGCUGAGUGCCGAAGAACUGAGGCCUUUGAAUAGUGGUGCUGGAGGAGACUCCUGCGAGUCCCUU